AUGGCAUCUAUUACUGAAAAAUGGGUUCGCUACCUUCGGAACCGCGAUAGCCGGGGGAAAGAGAAACUGGAAUCCCUCGUGGCUUGUGAACAUCCUUCAUCUUCUUCCAAAUGUCGCUCAGAGCUAGAGGACAAAGACAACUGUCGCCCACAGCACAUAGAACGCCCCCAGCAAGUGCCCCCGCCUCCAGUUAACAACCGUAUUUCUCUCGUGUCCAAAGUCAAUACUGUCUAUUCACGCCUGGUAAAUGUGGAAGAAGUAUGCACCCAAAUCGGACAAGGCCAGCCCAGAAACAGUGAAAGAAAUCCGGAUCUCAACCUCGAGCAGUGGGUGGCCCUCCAGGCUAUCCAUCGUACGCUCUUGCACGAGCAUAAUGAGCUCCCCGUCGCCUUUUCACCAAUCAGUCCGGAACUGCGCCACCUCAGAAAGAUAGCCCAUGAUCAUUCACUCCAGUCGCGUAGUUUGCGGAGAUUCAGCGACUGUCUGCUUCCUCUUCUCAAACGCGAGCAAGACUUGGAAUCAGCACGACAAUGGCUAGAGCUCAUGAAAUCGUCUUCUUCACUCCUUGAAAUACUUGGGAAGAAUGACUUGCUCGUCACCUACGAAGAAAUGACCCUUAUGAACUUGAUCGACCAGAUUGAAGCGAUGUUGGAGAGAUUGAAACAAUGGUUUAGGUGCAGAUACGAGGACUUGAGCCGCAAGAAAGAUGUGACAGAGGAACAAGGUCUUUCUGAGCCCAUCUUUGAGUUUCCUAAUAACAUCAGGCACACUUGUACGACAAUGCCAUGGACAAUUUUCCCAGCACUUUUGGUACUCUGGGGUGUCUGUUGGAUGUUCAUCAUCGGUUCUAGCCAACCUGAGCCUGAAUGGGGCAAUGCUACUGACCCCACUAUCUCGCCCUUGCCGGCUGCUUAUGACUUUCACGCCGACUUCUAUGGUAUUGGAAUUGAAGAGGGACCUCAAGGAUCGGUUGCAGAUAGCUCCGACAACAGACCGUAUGUCAAUCAUGAUACUUUGGAAGACCUCUUCCCUGGAGACGGCCAGUCAAUGAGUGACCUGAUCCAUCCAUUGACAUUUGUCGGAGAUAUCCCUCUAGAUCCAAACUUUCUGAGUACGGACAUGACGUCGCAUAGUGAUUCGGGAAACAUGGAACUGGCGGCGCAAGAUACGGCCGAGAUAUUGCCGGCCGCCGCCAUGGAAGACUCUACUCUUAGGGCUUGCAUCAGUGCCGGUGAUGGUGGGGAGAGGGAUGACACAGGUAGUGCCGACAGCAGUAGCUAUGGCCAUCGAACGAUUAACUCAGAUGAGUGA